GUGCGACCAGUUUGAGAAAGCUGCAUCUCCGCUAGUGUCCAUGACAUGCCGAGACAUGUCCAAGCCUGCUCGGGGCUGGCUAAAGGGACACUCGGAAGUCUUGAAGCAUGCGUGGUGUCCAUGGUCUGAAGCGUCACUGCUCUGACUAGAACAUACUACUAGUACCGUAGCUAGCUGCUUGUAUGUACCGUUGUCAGCAGGUUCCACGGUGCGAAGUGUGGAUCUUUUGGAACCACGCUGACGAACUUUAUAUGCGGGCUGCCGUAUCUUCGCCUUUCGCAUCCCAUGCACAGACUACUAUACAAGACGAAAGAGGAACAACCGCCAUGACAUGACCGAGAAAGAGGACGAUGCAGCCACUAAGGAUGUUUGGAAUCAGGUAUUCCUCGCCAUUGCUUCUCUGGAUGCCAGCAGUUGUACGGAAGAAGAGAUUCGAGCCAAGCUGGAUCCUCUCUUGUCCACCGUAAAAGAAUCAGAACCUCCCAAUGGAAUCUCGCCUCUGCUGGUGGCCAGUGACAAGGGCAACCUAAAGUGUCUCGAGUACCUACUAUCCUCCCACUACCCCGUGUCUGUCAUUGGAAGCCCCGUCACUCCAUCCGAUUCCUCUCAUGGUGGAAAUACUCCCGUUCAUCAUGCUGCCAUGGCGGGAUGCAGUGAUGCGUGGCCUAUUUUUGCGAAACUCAUGGCAGACGACGAGGCGGAAGCAGUCUAUGUGACUCUCGGAAGCCUCUCGAAUGUGAAUGGAGAUACGCCUCUUCAAAUGGCCAUUCCAGCCGGCCAUGGCGAUUUUGUCCGACAAUUUUGGAGCGGCAACGCUACUUUGCAAGCAAGAAAAAUUCUGCAGCGCCCCAAUCAGCAAGGAGAUACGUGUGCCUCGUUGGCAUGCUGUCACGGACAUGUCGAUAUAUUGGACUUUUUAUUGACUACCUGUCAGGUACAGAUUCGACACGAAGAAGUAGAAUCCUGUCAAUCCACCGUGGAUCGAAUGGAUGGGGCAUUGCAAUCCGUGACGGACCCCCAGGUACGAGCCAGUUUCAAAGACAAGCAAACCAGGGUUCAUGCUUGUUUGACCAAACUCAAGGAUCGACUUGAUCAGCAAGUGGCACAAGCGGCACAAGAGUUGAUGUUACUUCAAGACAAUAAUGAGGGGAAUCACGUCGUCAGCGCUACUAGUGGCACCAACAAAAAGAAGAAAAAGAAACGAAAAUCGAAGGGGAACAGCAGCAACAACAAACAGACAACAAUUAGUAAACAAGAAGAAAUCUCAAAAUCUGCAGAUCAGGAGGAAGACUCUUUCUGUGUCGUUUCCAGAUUGGAGGAUGGAAGAGUUGCCGUGACGGUGAAACCGACGGCCUCCCAGGAAGAUACCCCCAUACUGCCCCAGGCAUCACUACUACUACCCACAGCCUCGCCCCAAACCAUGCUACGACAACGCAUGAAAGAAAAUCAUGUGGACAAGGAUGUCGAUGCCGUCAUGGAUGCCCUGUGUUUGGACGUUUCCAUGCUAUUGUACACACCACAUGGCAUGGCGUUGAAUCUGUCACCGUCACAAUUGGAUACCGUCGAACAAAUUUUGCAAAAACAAAGUCAAUCGGUACGCCGAGCCAGGGAGUUGCAACAGCGAAUUCAUUCCGUCGUCAGCAGCAGCGAGACGGAUGAUGACCAGGACAACAACAACAACAACAACAACAACGAGUGUACUGUCUAGCUGGUUAGUAGAAUUGGUUUGGGCGACAUCAGACAAAUAGCAGUUGGGGAGGGGCAGCGAGGUCGAGAGUAACUGGUGUGAUUUUUGUUACGAAGUGUGCUGAUGCAAGGUAGUCUGCUUCUCUGUCGACGCCAACCAACAGACGAGCGAAUUUAAGAGCCAGAAUGGACUCGAUUGAAAUCAAACGGUGGUGACCGAAAUUGGAUCAUCGUUCGUCGCCGCUUCCUUUCUUGCUUCUUGGACUCGACGGUACCUCGGCGGCGCGGGACAGUCCAGCUGACAGAUUGUGCUGUGUCACAUACACAAUAUUCCUAAAGUACUGAGUUUGCGGCGCGAUACAACUACAAACGAAGCCUGCGGCUAGUCGAGUCGCCCUCCCAACAACCCCCUUCUUACUCAGCAGGCAGGUACCCUCCAAUGCAAAGAGCGCACCAAGAUCAGUCUUGGAGGGCUUCGAGAUCAAUCGCUCCAAUGUGUUUUGUCGCAAGACCUUUACCGCUAUCAUUGACCUCGGGCAUGUCUGGCGCUUAGACCAAGUGCAACAAAGUCUUCAGCGUUGGAAUGGACAGCCAGAGGUACACAAACCCAACGAGGAAUACGACGCUGAAUUACGACAAUUAGUUCGAAGCAAGUCCGGAGCUCGAGACAUGGUCAAGCAGAUGGGAACUCCCCAGCGCAUCGAAGUUCUGCCAAGCCAAGAGUCCAUCCAUUCCUGAUUUGUAAGUUUCCAGUCGAUAUUGAUGUUGAAGCACCGGUUUCGCAAAUUUCGCCGAGGGAUCAAUGUCCGGACGCAGACUGUAAGGAUUGAAUCAAUCCCCGUGACUGAUAAUUGCGAAACAAGUUUACAUGUCGAAACGAUCUACUCUCAGGUGUAUACAUCAUGACGAGAACCGUACAUGGCAUUGACAAACAUGGACCGUGUUGGACAACAUCAGCUACCAGUGUCUUGAUGUUCGCCAAUCUUACACCUUUGCAAACAAGACCAUUGUCAGCGUCACUGUUUGCCGCCUCAGGAAAGACCUCAACCAAGAAAGAGAUCAUGCGAGAAGCGAGACGAUCGUGUUUGGCGACAUGCUAUUAGGAGUGGGAAUUCUUCCAUACAGCUAACAACAAUCAUGCAUGUCACGGCUUCGCGAAACUUCUGGCGAAAAGAUCAGAUGUUUAUCAAGCUUGCGCGUCCCAGAAUCAACAGGGAAAGAGGAGUCAUAUUAUUUGGUGUGGAAUGUUUUUGUGGCCGGUGAAGGAUGAGCCUCGCACACUACGAUAAUUUGAUCUACAUCGCCAUUUGGUGUUGGAAGGCUUGAUCUCGGCCUCCUGCUCCCACGGAUGAAGAUGCUCCUCAAAACUUCGUCAGCCCCAGCAGGGAGAGCACACGAAUCGAAUCCGCGAGAAUGCAAUCUGACUAACUAAAUUGGUAUCAUGCAGCCGAUCCAUGAAAAAUUAGCAGGUUUCGUUCUGAUGUGCAUAUUUCAGGGCUUCCAAAUUCCCAUCAUAUGCAGCGCUACGGCAUGUACAUUCGUCCCACGGACAACCAUGUUCAUGGGCAUAUUUCAGG